UCAAUGGUUAGAUCUCAAUGGAAGCCGGAAAAAGACUAUCUACUGCUACCACCAUUUUUCUAUCAAAUAAUGAACUUACCGGCUCAGUUCCCUCUUCAAUUUGCUCCAAAAAACCUGUAUUAUACUCUGGUCUUGCAGAUCUUGAUGUCUCCAACAACAAACUAUCAGGGAUGAUACCUACUACUAUAAGGUACUGUACUUCUCUGGAAUAUCUAAAUUUCGGUUUCAAUUACCUGACUGGAAAUGUUCCUAAAGGGCUUGAACAAGCAAAGGGAUUGCAAAUUCUGAAACUAAAUGACAACAAUCUUGAUGGCGAUCCUCUUUAUAUCAUCAGUGAACUUCCAGAUCUGCAAGUUCUCAUCUUAGGGAAUAACAACUUUGGAGGAGGUUUAUCUGAUAUGGUUGGUUCACUGAACAUUAUGAUUCUCUCUUUAAGUUCAAACCAUUUCAACGGCUCAAUUCCUAAAGAGAUUUUCGAUUUGGAUCAACUACGAAUAUUAGAUUUAUCGGGAAACAAGUUCACAGGGUUAAUUUCUAGGAAAAUAAGUAAUUUAACAUUGCUUAAAAGUCCAUAUAACUCUUCGUACCGUAUCAGUGGCGAUUAUGAUUUUGAUGUAGGAUUGCAGAUGGCGAGCAAAUGGAUCAUAAUACAAUAUGAGAAACUGUAUAGAUACUAUUCAGGAAUAGACUUAUCCUCCAAUGAACUUGAGGGAGAAAUUCCUGAAGAGAUAGGUCUAUUAAAAGGACUCUCCAUGCUAAAUCUAUCACACAAUCGGCUCUCGGGUGAAAUCCCAUCAAGUGUUGGACUUAUGAAUGGCUUAGAAUCCUUGGAUCUGAGUUACAACAAGUUGUCUGGAGUUAUCCCACCAUCUUUAGCAUCUAUGGAUUUCCUUGGUUAUUUGAACCUAUCUCAUAAUAACUUGAGUGGAAGAAUACCAAGAGGACUUCAUAUGGAUACGUUGAGCGGAGAUGGUUCGGCAUAUGCUAAUAAUAGUUUCUUGUGUGGGUACUUUACAAAGAAUGCUUGCGAGGGCGAUCAGAGCAGCGAUACUGGUAAUAAUGAUUACGAAAAUGAAGAUGGUCUAGAUCAUACAAGAGAUAAGUGGUAUUUUUUCGGUGUUGUUGCUUUGGGGUUUAUAAUUGGAUUCUGGGGUCUGUUCUUUGGUUUGCUUUUGAAGAAAGAGAUAUGGUGGUUCGGGUAUUGGAGAUCUGUCGAUAAAGUAGCUGCUAAAAUAGUUCAUUUUUUCUUGAAAGAUUGAUUAUUGUAUUUGUAUUUGUAUUUCUUUGUUUGCUCAAUUGUUAUAAAUGAUAAUCUUCUAUAUUUGAUUA